GACACGAACACGAAAACACGUCUCAGCUGUAGCUCAUGGGAGAAGGUCGGAAAAACUUUACACGCCGUCUGAUCCAGUUGAACUGUGUGCAUUGUAUUUAUCUGUAUACCCUGUAUUUAUCCAGAGAGUCUCAGCAUUGAGGCGAUCGGCAGGAAAACCAAACGGAUGCGUGAUGAAAGGGAGAAAAAAGCGGGAUCUAAUGUAGAUUUACAAACUCGCGGAAAUUUGACAAGGAAUCCGAUACUUACUCUGUUCAAGUGGGUUACAUGUUGCUCCUGGUGACUGGAUUUCACACAAUUCCCCGGGAAUUGUGAAACCUGCUCCUGUUGUGUUUGAAGGCUUGUUAACGCUGUAACUCAAGUACUACAGUAACGGAAGUGCCAUGGGGAUCCAUCUAUACUUUUUCAUCUGCAUCUUCAUCGUUGCUGUCGUUGCAACAGAAGAUCUACAAGCCUUAACGCAAGCUCAGAACAAAACUCUGCCUCGUAUUAUUGGCUGCUAUUCCCGUGAACUCAUAACGUUCCGAUGCCACUGGGAUGUUGGAACUUUCUGGAAUCUGACGGAGCCGGGCGACCUGAGACUGUUCUACAUGCUGAAGGAACUGAAGAGUGAUGGCAAAUGGCAGGAGUGUCCAAACUACAGCACGACAGUGGAAAAUGAGUGCUACUUUGAUGCCAAACAUACAGUUAUCUGGUCACAUUAUUUCAUCCAGCUGCGCUCACGAACCAACAUUGUUUAUGAUGAAAUGUUCUUUUCAGUGGAAGCAAUUGUAUUUCCAGACCCACCUGAAGUGCUGAACUGGACUUUGUUGAGUGUGGGCCCAACUGGACUGUUCUGCGAUGUGAUGGUGAACUGGGACAUGCCCCCUUCAGCAGCAGACAAUGUGAAGAUUGGAUGGAUGACGCUUUGGUAUGAGACCCAGUACAGAGAGACAGGCUCUGAGCAGUGGAAAUCUAUUGAAAAUGGCAAGGACAUGCAGGCAAACAUCUACGGCCUUCGCACAAACACAGAGUAUGAAGUCAGGGUGAGGUCCAAAAUGAGGGGCUACACCUACGGGAAUUUUGGUGACUCCAUCUUCAUACUUGUUUCCAACAAAGGCCCAAGAGUCCCCAUAUCUGCAGUGUUUAUUCUUAUGGCUACUGCUAUUGGAAUCAUGCUGAUCCUGAUUGUGGUGUCACGUAAACAGAAGCUAAUGGUGAUUCUGCUACCACCUGUUCCUGGACCAAAAAUUAAAGGAAUUGAUCCAGUCCUCCUACAGAAGGGUCAGCUAACUGAGUUCACCUCUGUCCUGGGUGCUCACCCAGACCUGCGUCGAGAGCUGUGCAGUAAUGACCCAUGGGUGGAGUUCAUACAGGUGGACAUUGACGAACCGACCGAGACAAUGGAUGGCUUGGACACACCACUCCUCUUCAGUGAGUCCCAUGUCUCUGACUCCCCUCCGACAUCCAACGUGUUCCAGGAUGAUGACUCAGGACGGGCAAGCUGCUGCGACCCUGAUCUCUCUGAUCAUGAUCACCAUGAUACUCAACACCCCUCAGUCAGUGUCCAAGAUGGCUUUCACACUUUGAUCCCUCCUGCUAAUAUGCAACCUGUGGUUUCUCCUGCUCAGGAGCCUGCAUGGCAGAAUUCCAUUUACUCUCAGGUGGCUGAAGUCAUGCUGUUUGGUGAGACAAUGUUGUGCCCAGAGCAGAACAUGACUGAUGACUGCAGUAUUCAAGAUAAAGCUACCAAAUAUAAAGAAAAAAAGCCCUGCUUUAUGGUGACCCUCAAUGAAAGAGGUUACAGUGUCAGUCAGCCAAGCUCAUGCACUGCAGACCCUGGCUCAGAAAGCAACAGUACUCCACAAUCGUGUCAGAACACCAGUGCAAAACCAGAGGUGACACACGUCUCUGCUUUUCCUAUCCUCACUAUGCCGACUCCUCCAGAAUACACCAUGGUGGAUGAAGUGGGCUGGAAAGAUAGCCUUCUUUUGAAGACAAGCAGCGCAGCAGCUUCUAUUGUAGCCGUGCCAAAAUCUGGACCUACUCCUGAGGGAUAUUUGACUCCUGACCUACUAUACAGCAUUACUCCAAAUAAGUAGUGCCAAAAAUGUACUGAGGUGGGAUUUGGAGAUUAACUGGAUUAACAAUAAAACAUUUUGCAUAUCAUUAUCCAACACCAAACAAGACUGAGCUAAACAUUUGGAAGCCAAGCAGAUUUCUUAUUGACUGGUCUUUAUAUUACUGAAACAUAAUAGGAUGGACUUGGACUAGAUUCAAUUUAUUGACUGAAAUUACAUGACCUAUUUUAUUUUCUGAGCUGUAUAAAUAGUACAAAUCAUAACUGAUUACUGUUUACCACUUUAAGAGCUGAUGCCUUUUUCUAAUGGUAUACUUUAUCUACAUGGAUUUGUAUUUGUAAAAUCUUGUGGAUUGAUUAAUGAACUUUUACAUUUAUAAGGAACCUGCUAAUUUGUUUACAUACAAUAAUUCUGAUGUUUAAAAGUAGCAAGCAUAAGCUAAUUUCUGCUAAAGUGCACUUGUAAGUCCAAAGCUCUGUCUUUUAAAACCCAGAGCAGUAUGUACCCAGGAUACAACUCAAAUGCCUCCUCUUAUUGCGCUACUUUAGUUGUGGUUUUCUGUUAUGUGGCUUUCCUUAGCAAGUUUGUAACAAAUGUCAAAAGAUAUGACCCUCUUGGUGGCUUGUAAAAUUAUAUAUAAUAAGAUAUACAGUGCCUUGUAAAAGUAUUCAUACUCACUGUACUUUUACACAUUGUCAUGUUACAACCACAAACAAGACUGUAUUUUAUUGGGAUUUGAUGUGAUCGAGCAACACAUUAUGGCACAUAAUUGUGAAGUGGAAGGAAAAUGAUACAUUUCUUUCAAAUAAAUAUCUGAAAAGUGUGGUGUACAUUUGUAUUCAGCCCCCUUUACUCCAGUAGAAACAACUGCCUUCAGAAGUCACCUUAUUAGUAAAUAAUGUCCAACUGUGUGUAUUUUAAUCUCAGUAUAAACACUGUUUAUACUGAAGCCUUUGGCGGUUUGAUAGAGAACAUUAAUGAGCAAACGGCAUCAUGAAGACCAAGGAACACACCAGACAGGUCAGAGAUAAAGUUGUGGAGGUUUAAGCAAGGUUAGUUAAUAAAUAAAUAUCCCAAGCCUUGAACAUUUUAUGGAGCACGGUACAAUCCAUCAUCCGAAAAUGGAAAGAGUAUGGCACAACUGCAAACCUAAUAAGACAUGGCCGUCCAGCUAAUUUGACAGACUGGGCAAGGGGAUGAUUAAUCAGAGAAGCAGUCAAGAGGCCAAUGGUAACUCUGGAGAUCCACAGCCCAGGUGGGAGAAUCUGUACACAGAACAACUAUUAGUCAUGCACUCCACACAUCUGGCCUUAAUGGAAGAGUGGCAAGAAGAAAGCCAUUGUUGAAUGAAAGCCAUAAGAAUUUGCAGUUUGCAAAUGUGGAAGAAGGUGCGCUGGUCAGAUGUGAACAAGAUUUAACUUUUACACCUAAAUGCACAACACGUGUGGCGAAAACCUAACACAGCACAUCAACCUGAAUACACCAUCCCUACUGUGAAACAUAAUGGUGGCAGCAUCGUUUAUCUUCAGCAGGGAUAGGGAAGCUGGUCAGAGUUGAUGAAAACCUGUUUGAGUCUGGAAAAGACUUUAGACUGUGGCAGAGGUUCACCUUCCAGCAAGACAAUGACCCUAAACAUACAGCCAGAGCUACGAUUAAAUGGUUUAGAUCAGAGCAUAUUCAAGUGUUAGAAUGGCCCAGUCAAAGUCCAGACCUAAAUCCUUCAAAAUCACUGAUCACAGACAGUUUUUUUUAUCCAAUCGGACCGAGCCUGAGCUAUUUUGCAAAGAAUAAUGGGCAAAAAUUUCACUCUAGAUGUGCAAAGCUCGUAGACAUACCACAAUAUGUGAAUAAGGGCUGAAUACAAAUGCAUGCCACACUUUUCAGAUAAUUAUCUGUAA